CACACACACACACACACACACACACACACACGUAUACAUACAAAACAAGGAAAUGACAAAUCAAAUGAUCUGGUUUGUGCCUGAAAAUGUCUGAUUUUUUUUGACUGGAAUCUUUCCAAGAGCUAGUCAUAUUUGGUCAAUUUGAAGCUUCUUUUUGUUGUUUUAUUGACAUGGGAUUCAUAAAAUAAAAGCAUGCAGGUAUUGCAUUUAGGUUGGCUAAAUUAAAAACCCCUUUAGUUAUGCAAUUAAAUCUUUGGUUUUAGCAAUUGUAAAUUAUUUAAUUUUAGAUUAUUUCAUCCUUAAAGACCAGCAGUAAAUUUUGACCUGAAGUCCAUCUCAUGAGAAUUUUUAGCAUUGUGGAGUACAGAAUUAGUACUUUCCCUGCUUUGAUACACCCGAUUAAUCUCAACAAUGUCCUGGAAAUCUGUUAUAUGGUCAAAAUAUGGUAAACUAUAGAACAUGUAAAUAUGAAAAUAUAAAGAGAGUUAAUAUACCCUUCAUUAAGCCAUAAAACUAUCAAGUUAACUUUGACGUUAAAAAAUGAUUUUGCUCCAACCACCUCAAUCUCCAGACAUCAAACAUACAGAAAUCCUAAGAUCUUGAAAGCGGACGAAUGUCCAAGCACCUGUAUUGAUCAUUAUGUACUCAAAAAAUCGAUUUCUAAGGGUUUAAACAUCGUUUCCCUCGAGCAAUCGAGCAAUCAAUCAAUCAAUCUGAUCAUGCCCCAAGAUACUUGUACGGUCUGUCGAUUUAACCUCAGAGCAACUCAUUUGCUUCACGAGGGUACUCGGCAGAUUUCUACAGUAUUUUUAAAGUCACGAACUCCAAAGGGAUAAGCGAACCACGAUUCCAGCAUACCUAGUUUAGGCCCACAACGGAUUCGCAAUAAUAAUUGUAAAACACAUUGGCGAAUUUAAUCGUUAUCUUCACCAAUUUUACUUCUACGUCACACAAUGAUUAGGAAUUGCUGCACAUUUUGUCACAGUUCACUAGCCAACCUUUCGAUAAAAAUCCUAAAUCUGCCCGACAUCGUUCAGCAUGGGUACGCCACACACAAGCCUACAAAAAACGAACAAUCGUCCGUGUCAUGUGGCUUGACUGAAAACCCGGAUUGGAUCUUUAUGGUCACCUGAGGCAAGUGCGACCUCGUCACCGUUACUCAUUGACUUAGCCUGGUAGAGGUAUUAUGUUCUAACAUCAUUUUCCAGAUCGCAAAAUCCUAUUUGGACAAUAUUUCUCAGUUGGACUGCAGUAAGACUUAUGGAAAACUAAUAGUAAUUAUAAUCAUUUUCCCCGAUUCAUAUCUGUGACAGAUAUACAUCUAAGCAAAACGUACAAAGCAACGAAGUCUUGCCACUUACAUAUUUGCCAAACAACAUUUAAUUCAACUUACUGUGGUCUGUAACAAUCCAAAAUAAAGAUGAAACGCAAGUACAACAUUCCACUCCAUGUCUUAUUAGCGACUUGGACUGAAUAGGUUACUGUUUCAGGCUGCGGACGGAUACUUCAACUAUACGCGCCAGCAAGCUGAAGAAAGAGAGAAAUAUUACAAAGUAACAAGUGGGGUAACGUCACAAACGCUCCGACAGAUAUUAAAUAUCACUUCAAUCAAUAUAGCGACUACACAAAUGCCUCGAUGUUGAAUACGUCGCGAAGAGUUUAGCGGCGCCGUGAACAGCACUCCUACACGGAGCGGUAGUUCGGCAAUACCCGCAACAAAGACCAGCAGACGAGCGCAACCUCCGUCUCCUCGGCGGGCUCCAUUUUAACUUCUUGCCCAGCCUGUACCUCACGUGUCCUGGACUGUCUUUCUCACAUGACCCGUGUGUUUGUCCCCGUGAUCAGCACUUCCAUCUCCGUAUUUCAGUGUCGCUGAAUAUCACGUUUUUAAAUCUUUACCUUCAUGGAUAUGCUUGAACAGAGCUUGGACACUCCGACGAGGAGGGAGGGUUACUGUUCUAAUGCAGAUACUGAAAUGCCUUCCUAUAUGGGGAUUUUACAGAUGAAAGUCACACAAAACUCUCGAAGAAGUCACGACAAACAGGAAACUGAGGAAGUUGUUCAGUUGCAGGAAGGAGAGAGAGUGGGGGCAGAGGAGCAGGCUGCUGUUACCAUUGCAAGUGCCCAGCAGGCCGCAGUGUUCACUGACCACAAUGUCCAGUACCAGUUCCGCACAGAGAACAGCGGUGGGCAGGUGACAUAUCGUGUUGUCCAAGUGACAGAAGACCAGUUGGAGGCAGCAGGAGAUGGAGGAGCUGCAGUCAGUGUAGUGUCCACAGCUGCCUUCACGGGGGCCCCACAGGCUGUUAUUCAGAACCCUUUCAGUAAUGGCGGCAGUCCCGCAGGGGAGACGGUGGGUGGAGAGACACGCUUCGCUUACUUCCCUGCUGCUACUGUCAGUGACGGCACGGCCACCGCUGUUUCAGUGCAGGCAGCUGCCGACACCACGCUCACGCCAGCUGCAGGUCAGUUUUAUGUAAUGAUGAGUCCCCCGGACGUGUUGCAGACUGGCACGCCUCGCACUAUUGCCCCACGCACACACACUUACUCCACAGACUUUGGCGAAAACAAGAUGCUUCAACAUGGCAGUUCGAACUGGAAGGUGGACGGCCCGAGAGCACCACGUGAUGAGCGAAGAAGAGCACAACACAACGAAGUGGAAAGAAGAAGAAGAGACAAGAUCAAUAACUGGAUCGUCACACUGUCCAAAAUCAUCCCAGACUGCAACAUGGACAACACCAAAACUGGAGCGAGCAAAGGGGGAAUACUUUCUAAGGCGUGUGACUACAUUAGAGAACUCAGACAGAGUAACCAAAGGCUGCAAGAGAGUUUCAAAGAGGUGGAGAGAGUGCAGGUGGACAACGAGCUCCUAAGACAACAGAUUGAGGACCUUAAGAAUGACAACGCACUGCUCCGAGCCCAACUCCAGCAGCACGGCCUUGAAAUCAGCGGAGAAACUACGACACAGUGAUAGAUGUAAUGGAACAGUCUGGCAACACGACCUGUCAGUAAGACAGCCUCAUCGGACUUCAGAUGUUUGGUAACUUGGGUAGAAUAAGAAUGCUUGUUUGAUAUUAACACACGUCACCAGAGAGAGACUGGACAAAAACUCAGUAUAAAAAAAAAAGAAAAGAAGGAAAGAUAAAAAGCACACCUCUGUCUUCAUCUCAUCUUCCUUUUGGCUUGCGAGAGCUCGACCAGCCGGACUUGGCAGCAUUCUGUGUGUCUCCCCUCUACCAGAACAUGCCUGCCUGGAUGUUUAUGUAAUUUGAGUUUUCAAAUUAUGAACCAUGUAAUGGGUGAACAAUUCCUAAUGAUCAUCUUUUGUUUGAACCAGUGGGGUUCACUUUUUGGUUUGUUUUGUUUAAUUUCCUUGUAAAUGUUACUACUGUCUCCAUCGUAAUGGAUAUUUUUUUCUGAAUUAUUUAUUAGUUUGCAGGAAAAAAUAGAAGGAAAACACCAGGAAUGAAAAACUUUGGUUGUGAGGCUUGAAUGUCACAAGUUUGAUUGCCUUUCUCCUCAAAAAUACUUUAAAAUCAAAUUAGGGUAAAUGUUUUUUUGUUCCUGAGCAUAGUAGACAUGUACUUUUAGCAAUUUUUCUUUUUAAAUAACAACUCUCAGCUCGGGAUUGUAGCAUUUGGUGUUUAUAUGUUUGCAGAAUGACCAUGGUUAUAAUGUAACCAAAUUACUUCUUAGUUGGAUAUACAGUAUAUAGGAUCUAGAUAGCAAAAAAAACAGUACCUUUUAAAAGCUACAAGUCUAAAUUUGGUUCAGGUCUACUUAUAGUUCAGAAUAUAAUGAAAUUAAGUAAAGAAUAUGUAAAUAGCUCAGGGUCUGGAAAGGCAAAGAAGUAAAGUGGUAUGUUGAAUCUGUUGCCACCACUUAUUUUUAACCCAUAUGUCUUUUCAUAUUACUUUAUUUUUUUAGUUACAAGGCUGUCCCUUUUUUGCUGAUUUUUUCCAAAUAAGUCUUCCUCCAUGUAUUCACACAUCAAGACGAAACUUCACAGGGAGACCGGCUCUUGGAGUGCACGUGGCAUGAGCAAAUUUGGGAAUUCGGUCUGUGCCAGUGACGGGUCCUGGAUUACGUCCAAAUCCCCAGGCCAAAUAUCGUACUAAUUACAUUAGCGUGUUAGAGGCUGCCAUAGACCGCACAGAAAUGCUUUCUGAUGACCCUACUCUCCCCCUCUCUCCACCUGCCUUAAACAAGAAUGCAAAAUUACUUUGGCAUGGUAACAAAAGAAUACAUUUGCUAGAAACCUUAAAUGACAUCGGGAUGCAACUGAAUGUGUUUUCAAACACUGACCGUUCAUGUUCUCGAUACCCACAUUUUAUGUCUCAUCUCUGUACUAAAGGCAUUUUUCUCAUGCUCUUCAUGUUUACAGGAGUAGGCUUGAAAUAUUGGCUAAAUUUCUCGAAUAUAACAAGUUUGCAUAUUAUAUUUGGAAUUAGUAUGGAAAAACCCAUAUGAAGGCCUGUGCCUCAAAACAAGUCUGACUGCCAGAGUUCAUCAAUCUAACAUAAACUAACAAACUUUGCAAACAGGAAUGAAAAAUGACACUCAACUAAAUCGCAGAGGUUCAUGUUUUAAAAAUGUUCAAAAUACCUUUAAGUGUCAAAACAAUCAAACCAAAAAUGACAACAAAACUAAUCUUUAAUUCAUGCAUAAAAGAAAAAAACAUGGGUGCCAACAGUUGAAAAGUUAUGAUUUUUCUUGUUCUCUGUCUGUUGUAUUUCAGUUUUAUAAAGCAUCAUAAGGAUCGUGCUGUUUCCAGUGUAAUUGCACAAACGUAACCCAGUUGCAUAAAACACUUGCAAAUCAUUUUCUAAAAAAUUUCAAUUUACUAAAAUUAUUUUUUAUUUUAAACUUGGUGUCCAAAGUGUGUUCUGUGGGAUCUUUGGACAAUGAAUCUAAUGAAAGCAGUCCUCAGAUGAUGUUGGGUUAUUUUUUUUUCUAAUUUUCUGUCUGUUUUUAUAUUCAUUACAUUAUCUUUCCCUGCUCUGAAAUAUCUCUUCUCUAAAAAAAAAAAAAAGGACCGAACACAGAUGACCUAGAAAAAUAAUCCAUACGUUGGCGGUCAGGGCUUUGUCCAUCUUCAGUCCUGGGAUGCUUUGUGAUAUUCUUUGCAUUGUGUUUUUCCAUAUUCAACACACCCAAUUCGACCUACAAAUGGAUAAUUACGAAAUUAGUUUUUAUAGUGAGAAGUGACUUAGCCGUCCGGAUCAGUAAAACAUUUUACUUUUUUUUAAAAAUGAGAGGAUAAGCAAGCUUAUGAAAAGUGUCAUGUGAGUUAUCACAAAUACAACAGACAAGUAAUAGCCUCUCCUACAAUUCAUUCACUUCAAAAUUGUAUAUAAACUUUGCUCAAAAGACUUGUGGUCUUCCUAGAAGGGUAAAUUCUCAUGUAAGGAAGAUCUUCAGCAAGAGGGCUGUUAAGCCAACUAAGAGGUUAACUCAGAGGUUAUGGCCAUUUCAUUAGCAUGUUUUCUACCAAUUGUACAAUAAAAUUGUUAUAUUUAUACUGUA